GACCUCCCAGCCUUGCGGUGACGGGGAACGGGGUUAGUAAGAGCCCCGAGAGUUGCUAUGGAGGAGAAGCGGAGAGAGAGACUCAACUGGUACAGCAGCAGCAGCAUCAUUGCAUUGCAUUGCAUUUCUACACCCACCGGAAAUCAACACAAUUUUUUAUUCAAGUCUCGAAAUGGCCCUUCCUGAGAAGAACGACGUGGACGCUCUGGUCCAAAAACUAGCUGCUGCAGCAGACGGGUACACUAGCUCGCCCGACCUGGACGGCCGUAUUGCUCGCCUGGAGAUUGUCGAUGCUGCCAAGAAGCUGAUUCGCUCUGUUUCGGGUCCGGAGAUGACCCCUAUUAACCAUGGAAUGAAUGUGGCUGAGCUGGUGGCGAUCCGCACCUUUAUGAAACUCAAAGUCCUGGAGGCCAUCCCAUUGGAGGGCGGUAUGUCGGUCCAAGACUUGUCCAAAGCGACAGGAGCCCAGGAAUCCCUUUUAGAGCGCUUCGCUAGAAUCCUAGUUGCAACCGGCUUCUUGGACCAAGAACGGCCAGAUGGCGGUGCAUACCUGCAUACCAAGUUCUCGCGUGCCUAUCUUCUUAGCAACCCCGGUCCUGGCCACCUCUUCUUGGCCAUGUAUGAUGCAUGGCUGACAAGCAUGGUGCAGUUCCACGAGUACUUGGGUGCCAAGGGCCAGCUUGAAAAUGCCAGGGAACCGGAUGACGCCCUGUACAAUCCGUACACAUACUCGCAUAAGCAAGAGGGAUCUAGUGUCUGGGAAAUCAUGAGCCAGGACCAGGAGGCCUUUGAGACGUUCCAGAUUGGCAUGGCGGGAAUGAACCACGCUAUCCCAGUAACCGGCCAUUUUGAUUUCAACUCUCUUAAGAACACUCCCGAAGAGAAUAAAAACGGCAUCAUUGAGCUCAUUGAUGUGGGCGGUGGUCAUGGAUCCGUACUGCAGGAGAUUCUCGACAAUAGCCCCGGUCUCACUCCGGCAAACUGUAUGCUGCAAGAUCGGCCCGAAGUGAUUGCGCUCUCCAAGACCGGAAAUACUCUCAAUAAGGACGUACAGAGACUAGAACACGAUUUUAUGACAGAAGAGCCUAUUAAGGGAGCAAAGGCAUACUUUAUGCGCAUGAUUAGCCACGACUAUCCGGACCAUACUUGUAUCAAGAUUCUCAAGAACCUUGCCGAUGCCAUGUCCCCCGAGUCGCGUGUUCUCAUCUGCGAUAUGGUCCUUCCCCCGAGGGUCACAGAGAUUGACUUUCCUGCUGCUGUUAUUGAUCAAGCGGUUAUGGUGAUGGGUGGUAAAGAAAGAACACAAGCUGGAUUCCAGUACCUGUUCGACCAGGCUGGGCUGGAGCUUGUCAAAGUGUGGCGCGUCAAGGGCGUUCCUGGCGCUUGCGUUGAAGGCCGUCUCAAGCGCGCAUAACUGCAGCCGUUUAGUAUAGACAACGUUUAACAGGUCACCCUCAAUGGAGGACGAUGAUUAAUGGGUUUAAUUCGUAAAAUUAUUCUCAUAUUUUGAGGCUCAUUAGAUAACCAAAAUGCAGCAGAGGGCAGUAGUACCAGCGCUUUUAGCCAAUGCAUAUUUGUCGCCAUUGCGCAAUGCUUCUUCCAACACUUUUCUUCUAACCGUUUUCUCAGUCAUAAUAUUCGUCUUUAUUUUCCUUACCACUUGGCCUCCUUGGUGUCGAGGAAAGCCUUGAGGAUGGCAACAAUCUUCUCGAGAGCAGCAAGGUAGACCUUGAGCUCAGCCUCGACCUUGGCGGGGUCGCUACCGAGCUUAGCAUAGAAGUCCUUGCGGUAAGGGCAAGCACCCAUGGCAGCGGAGAAGAUGGGCUUGACAAGGAAGCUGUGGUGAGGCUUCAGGGUGACGGCGUAGGAAGAGCGGAAGGAGUCGGAGAGCUCUUCGUCGGGCUUGGAGAUGUUCUGGGCGAUACCGAUGGAGGUAAACUCGAGGGCACUAGUUGAAAACACAAUUAGCAUGCGAAAUGCAGCGUGCAGCUAUGACAAGACGCUGUGACUUACCGAACGAGCCAAAUGAGACCCUCGGUGGCAGUGUGCUUCUUGGUCUUGAGCUCGCUGGGAACGAGGCUCUGAAGGGUCUCGGAGUCGACGGGGGAGGCGAGGAAUCUGUCGCGGAUCUUCUUGACGUUGCCAAGCAUGUCACUCUUGACGGGGGCAAAGGCAACGGAACCAAGGACAUCUGCAGUGCGCGUAUUAGAACAUACUGAGACCGCCAGACAAGCAGCUCGCUAUGUAGCUGUAACGAGGAUGGGGCAGGAUAACAUACCAAAGAUGGUAAUAAGAGACUCGCUGGCCUCGAGGAACUCAGUGGUGUUGACAGCGUUGGUGGCAGGGUCGAUUGUCACGUCGACAAAAGAUCGCUUAAAGGUGUCGACAAUGGUGCCGCCGGGGGGGAUGGUGGGAGCAGACAUGAUUGCGGGGAAGAGGUUGUUGAGGGGAGGAGUAUAGUUGGAUUGAUGGAUUGGAGAUGGGGAUCAGCAAUGAUGGAGAGGAUACGGCGCGGGUUCCUUUAUACGAUGGGAAAGAAAGAAAGCGUUGAAAUCACGAGACACUGGAGAAACGUGGAGGGACAGCGGUGUGUUGUGUGCGGUCCGGCAGCGGCCAGCUGUCGUGAGCCCCUCCUUUGGCGCAAGCUUUCCAGGGGGUGGUGCGGCGGUGCUAGGCUGGUGCGUGCCGCUGGUGCCCCUCUUCUUUGUUACGGGCGGUGCAUCUGGCGGUAGAACGGGCCUAUCUUUAGUGCGCAAGCUGUGGCCAGCAGGGGGGGCUAAAGGGAG